AUGGCCUCACGAUUUAGUGGUGCACUUCAAUUGACCGACCUUGAUGAUUUUAUAACUCCGUCACAGGAAUGUAUAAAACCAGUUAAAAUAGAAAAGGCUAAAACAAAAACAGGAGCAAAAAUUAAAAUUGGUGAAGACGGUUACUUCGAUAUAUCUAGUGGAAAGGAACAAAAGUUGCAAAAAGUGGAAAUUACUCUUGCAGACUGCUUAGCUUGUAGUGGUUGUAUCACAUCUGCUGAAAGUGUUUUAGUUACAAGGCAAAGCCAAGAAGAAUUACUAAGAGUAUUCUCAGAAAGAAAACAUACAGAUACUAAAGGUGUAACACGAGAUGUAAGUUUAAUAGUUUUAUCAUUAUCACCCCAACCAUUACUUUCCCUUGCUGUGAGAUAUAAACUGGAUCCAGAAGAAGCUACCAGAAAAUUAGUUGGUUAUUUCAAAAGUUUAGGGACCGAUUUAGUGUUGGAUAUGACAGUAGCUGAAGACAUAUCACUCCUGGAAGCGCAGCAAGAGUUCUUGCAAAGAUAUCAUAACCAACAAAAUGAGACCACUGCAAAACAGUUACCAAUGCUAGCAAGUUCUUGCCCAGGUUGGGUGUGCUAUGCAGAAAAGACACAUGGCAACUUCAUUUUACCCUACAUUUCAAAUACGAAAUCACCACAACAAAUAAUGGGUUCAUUGGUAAAGCAACAUUUGGCACUUAAAAAGGAACUGAAUCCCAGUGAAGUGUAUCAUGUGACAUUUAUGCCAUGCUAUGAUAAGAAGCUAGAGGCUUCGAGGGAAGAUUUCUAUAGUGAUGUGCUGAGCUGUCAUGAUGUGGAUUGUGUCAUUACCGCUAUUGAAUUGGAGCAAAUGUUAGAAAGCAGUGAGAAAUGUCUGGCAGAUAUAGAAGGAUGCAACUUGGACUGGCCGUGGGAUGACUCAGAGGGUCCUGGUAUAAGACGCCACAUAGGCUCAGGGUCAGGAGGGUACGCAGACCAGGUGUUCCUGUAUGCUGCAGAAGAGCUUUUUGGUGAAAGCAAUGCGCCUUUAGUGUAUAAAAACUUAAGAAACCCAGACUUUCGGGAGGUGACGUUAGAAAAGGAUGGCAAAGAAGUAUUAAAGUUUGCGAUAGCGAACGGAUUCCGCAACAUACAGAAUUUGGUGCAGAAACUGAAACGUGGGAAGUCGCCCUACCACUACGUGGAGGUCAUGGCGUGUCCAUCAGGUUGUCUGAACGGCGGUGCUCAAGUGCGACCAGUCCAAGGUGAGACCGGUCGGGAGCUGGUCUCUCAACUCCAAGACUUGUACAACAAGUUACCUUUAGCUAACCCAGCUCAAAGUAAACUGGUCAAACAGCUCUACAUCGACUGGUUAGAUGGUAGAGAGUCAGAUAAAGCCAAAGCUCUUCUCCAUACUUCGUACCAUGCGCUGGAAAAGAACGAUAUCGCACUCAAUAUAAAGUGG